AUGGCUGCCCUUCGGUUCCUCGCACGUUCGAAACUUUCGGCGAUUAUUCUACGAUUGCCUUGCCAGCUGAAACCUCCGAGCAACGUUUCGCCGAUUCCGGUUCAGAUUCAGAAAAGAUGGAGCACUUACAGAUCUUCCCCUAUAUAUGAAGAUCCCUCAAAAUAUACAGAUUAUGAGGUAACGAAUGAUCCACAAGAGUGGGAGUAUGUAGAACGUCUAUUGAGACCUCAAAUUAUACCUAAACCUCCUCUUGAAAAUCAAGAAUAUCCAUCUGGUUGGAAACCACCUACUGCAAAACCAGGAGAUUAUCCAUAUUACAUAAAUCGCACAAGAAAUUAUAUGCAACCAGUUUAUCUUAAGAUUCAAUUCAGAGGAAUGCGAAAAAUAACUAAGCUCUGCAAGAUUCAAGGAGAUAUUUGGGCUUUAGAGGCCGAAUUAAAGGAAUAUCUAAGUAAAAAUUCAGUAAAACCAAUUGGUAUUCGUAUAAACGAACUUGUAGGUGAAAUGAAAUUUAGGGGCGAUUAUGUGUCUCUUGUGAAGAGAUGGAUGGAUUCCAAAGGAUUUUAAGUAUACUACAAUUAUUCUUAUGGAUUAA